UACACUUAUAAUUAAAUUGGGUAAAGUCUUGGAUAUGUUAGGUAGGUUGUAUUAAAUAUUAUUACCAUAUACACUUUCAUUUGUUUUAAGUCCUCUUCUGAAUCAUGACUUGACUGAAGGAAUGUUUCAAGGUUUUCAUCUUUGUCUAAAUACAAUAAUUUGUAUAACUUAGACCAACUCCACAUUUAAAAACAUUUUUAGCGGACAAAGCUUUUAAUUAAUUCCACAAAUGAUAAAAUAAAUGUUCUCAUCAAAACACUUUUGGCAAAUAGUCAUAAAAAUCAUAUUCAAUAUUUCAUAAAACAAAAGAAUAUAUAUGCUGUUAAUGUAGAAAGGUGUGUUUGUUUUCAUACAUUGUAGUUUAGUUACUGAGAUCAAUAGCGUGAACCCAUGGCUUUUAAAAUAUUUCGCUCAUGUAGUAUUAAUACAACAUAUUCUGUGGUGUUUAUGUUAUAAUGAAUCCAAUAUGGGAUAAAACAUCCCAAUUAUUUUAUGACUAUAUGACAUCCACAGAAAUUAAAAAUCACACCAAUAUCUGUGUUGUAUUCUUUCAUCAUUACACUAUCCUGACAGAAUAUUCUGUCAGGAUAGUGUCUACAUUCGGUCAAAGAUGAAGACUCAAGUAUAUGCUAACAUUUUGAAUAAAGCUUUGACCAGUUCUUGUAACGUACCAUUCUUUGUUGUGAUGUUACCCUUAUGUGUUCUUACUUUGUCAUUGUCAAACUGAACUCAUGAAACAGCAGAGGAUUAUUCUGCAGAUGUACUUUAAAAGUGUUUGAAUCUGCAUACUCUUGCAUUUUAUAUUUCACAGGAUGGGAGCGGCAACUUCUGUAGACUACAUUUCCUCUUUCCAAAUAAUGGAAUGCGCAUCUGCACCCACUGCUCCACCACCUCGUCUCCUUUCUUUCAGCAAGGAGACAAAGCAUGUCUGUCUGUCUGAACCACAUGUUAGCUACUCUACCAGAAUUUGUCAAUAUUUCUUAUUAUUCUUAUUUCAAAUAGCUGUAUAUGUUGUUGUUAUAAAUAUAUCUAUAAACAAUAUGAAAUACUAAAACUACCUGUGUUUUAUGUUAAAUUUAAAACGUUCCCCUGUUUGCUUGCAGUUUUGUCAGGAGUGCUGCUGUUCCAAAAUGCAUAGCUUUCACAAACAACCUUCACGAGGGAACGCAGAAUAAAAAAAAAAAAUCCACAAUAUCCCCUCACGGGCUCUGCACCUAAUGGCCUUUUCUUUGGGAAGUGUACUCAGGUGUGUCUAAUGUUUUGAAACAUAUCAGUAGCAUGCGAAAUAAUAUUGCUCAAGUCAAAAUAAAAGCAAGAUACUGUAAAACUAGUCUCAAAUGAUCUCUUUCAAAUAUUAAAAAAAAAAACAUGCUCCAGUCAAAAUCUCUCUGGACAUGCUUUUUUUCUUAAGGUACUUUUAAGAAAAUCCUAAAAUGAACAUUUUACUGUCACUUAGUGGUGAAUGUAUACCCCACUUAUAAAUCCACCUGGAUGCGUGAUGGUGGAAGGAUGUUUGUUGGACGUUCUGUUCCUUUUUAGAUGUGGUGGAAGUGUCUGAUUUGAAUUAAUAAAGCCGCCUGCAGACUGCAGACAGGCUAAUCAGAUGUAGUCCAUUCCUUGAUAGUCCAUGCCUUUCUUUGCCCUGGCUCCUAAAAAUAAUCGGCAGGAAGGCAGAAACUGGAGAAAGGGAGGCGGCCGGCAGCAGCCCACAAGUACAAUGAUCUCUGAAUUUGGCGGCGUUAAUCCGAACAGUGAGCAUCUUUCUAACAAAGUAAAGAGCACCCAGCACGCCUCCCAUUACGCCGCAGCCUGCCGGGAUAGCCGCAGCACCAAGGACAGCUCCCAGCCGCUGUUCUCCGCCUGCAUCAUGACAUCAGGGGAGUUCUUGCCAAGCACUGCUCUGCUGGCGCACAAACCCAGAAGGAGCCUGAUGUACAAGUCGCUCUGCUUCCUCCUCCUCUUCUUCCAGGGCGGCGUCCUGGAUUUCUAUCUCAUCCUCUUCACCGACCUGUACUGGUGCUCGUGGAUAGCCACGGACCUGGUGGUCAUCUCCGGCUGGGGCGUUUUCUUCCUCAAGAACGCUCGGAGCCAAAGGGAGAGGGCCUGCGGUUUCCACCAAAAGAGUUCGAUUUUUGGCUGCAACCUCGGGGAGUUCACCUACGCCUACCUGGCUUGGCUGAUCUACGUCAUCGCCUGCACCCCUAAGAUCGUGCUCAUCCUCGAGACCUCCAUCCUGGAGCUGAUCGCCCUGAAGGUGCCGUGCGGGAUGACCGGCUUUAAGAUCACGGUGCUGCUGUCCGUGCCGCUGCUCUUCUGCCUCAUCAGCUCCAUCGUGGUGGAUUUGAACGGCCCAACCCACCACCACUCCCAGAGCUGCUUCACCAGCACCUGCCUCGACCUGCUGGACAGUUUCACGCUGAUAGAGAUGCUUCUGAGCGGCGACGUCCCCUCCGUGUACCUGAAGUACACCGUGAUCACCGUGUACUUCGUGGCCCUGGCUGUUCCGGUGAUCUGGCUCUACGAGCUGACGGCGACGGAGCUGCGCUGCCGGUGGCUGUGGAGCCGCUUCUCCACCGGGCUGCUGGUCAACGCUCCGCUGCUGCUGGUGCGCUGUUUCCAGGUGUACGUGUACAAGAUGCCGGUGUCCGUGUUCAUGUUUAAGAACGUCUUCCUGUUGGCGUGCCGCCUGCUGGAGCUGCUGGAGCAAUGCGCGGCGGCGCAGGGCCUGCGGCGCAGGGCUGGCACCGGCAACCCGGCGCAGUUCUCCCACGGCGUGUCCGAGAACGACAUGUGUCCCCACGGAUACGUCAACACUCUGGCCGUCACGCAGUCUUAAAUGUGCACGCGCUGGUGGAGCAACAGAGGAUGCACAACAGUUCACUAUUGACCAUGAAGUGACGCUAGAAGGAAAAUCCACACUCUGAAUUAGUGCAUAUAAACGCAGCGCCGUAGAUCUCUGUGUUUUAACAGGUUUCUUAAGCCUGGAAGUUGGAUAUUCAAACAUUUUCUGGAGCAGUUGAAAUUUAAAAAAAAAAGUUUUAAUAUGUUCAGUUGGUGAGUAAGAAAUACAUUACGAUAGCAAACAGCCUUUUAUGACGAAACAAGUACCUAGAGGUUUAAUGAACCUUAAUUACAGUUAGACAAAGCUGAAAAAAAAUAUUAUGCAUCUACAGAGCAAAUAUUAAGCAGUGGACAAGAAAAAAAAAAUCAUUGGCAAGGAAAUUGCAGGGCUAAUGCCACAAUUGGAAGUCUACACUUCUAAUGUAAGGAAGCUGAUAAGCUGCCUUUAAUAACAAACAAACAAAAAAAUUAUCUCUGCAUUGAUUUUCAGUUUUCAUCUCUGCAACUUUCAGAGGUGAACCUGACCGGAGUGUGAAGUGCCUGUCAGAGUAGGAAACAGGUGAUGUGUUGCUGCAGAAGUGUUAUUUAAUGACACAAUUGUAACUUCUGAUGGCUGUGCCUCUAAAGCUUCAAGAUUUUAAAUAAAAUCGGUCCUUUUGAAGAACAUCAGUCGUCAUGGUAUGAUGACACGCAAUAAGUCCAUGCUUUAAAGACAUGAGCCUGCUCCUAGUAUGAAGGUGUAAAAAAGUUUAGGUUUUGAAACAGCUAACAUUUUCAAUUACCAUGAAAGUCACCUAUUUGUUUCUCCAUCCGUAUGGAGCAGAGACUUGUGCUGCCCUCCCCUUCCCUCACAUAUUGCUGCACACUGCCAGGGUUUAACUUUUCCCUCGUUCAUCAGAAAAAAGUAACUUGGUGGGGAAAAAAACAAGACAAUGGUGCGAAAAAAUAAAGAAGGCCACCCCUGACCCUUAUUUAGGUAAGUUUUUUUAAAGGUACAGCUGAAAAGCUGCUCACUACAGGCUGGAACUGAGAAAACAGUCUGCCUAAAGAAGCAAAUCAGCUAGUUAGACACAAUAUAAAUAGCAAAACUGCAGAGAUAUUAUUUUGCACAAUAAAUGCUUGGAAACUAACAUUUAAUUUGGGGGUAUUUAUAUUUUGCUAUACAUAUAAUAAAUGUAAAGAUCAGAUUUUCAUUAAUGUUAUAUUUAAGCAACAGAAAAAAUAAUUAUUGCUUUUCCGUUUUUAAAUGAAAGUUAUUAAACCAAACACCUUUGUUUCAUACUGUCAGAAUGCCUUAUUAUAGACUUUAUUUGCACAGUGGCUUUUUAGGAAUAGCCGUCCAUAAGCAAACCAAAAGAUGAGGGCAAGUUUCUUAUUACAUAGAUCUGUCCAUGAUCAGCAUGUUGUUCUAUCAGACACUCCUACACCUUUGUUUAUUCUGCUGUUUCAUUUAUUAAAGGAUCAAGAGGGGGAAAAACAGAUCCCCCCCCCCCCAAAAA